GACGGUUUGGUUGUUUAUCUGGCCUUGGUUACUUUAUUUUUUUGUUUCUAUUUUUCUCUUUAACUACUGGUCACACUCUUUGCGGGUGGGAUGAUCCUCUAUCUUUCUUACACUACAAGCUGUAGAAAGUGAAUGCGUAGUUCCAGUUGAAAGGUUUUAUGGAAGCCAAACGGAGUUUGAUGAAGUAGGAAAUACAAGCUGUAGAAAGUGAAUGCAUAGUUCCAGUUGAAAGGUUUUAUGGAAGCCGAACGGGGCUUGGUGAAGUAGAAAAUAAGAGUAGAAAAAAAAACUCAUGUAGUGUGUGCUUGCAGCUGUUUACUACUAACGUGUCGUUGUUAAUGGAGCUGGACGAAUAACCGUAAGAGGCGCUGUAUCUUCUUGUGACAAUUGUGAGACAUUUAAGAUGUUUUGAAUUCUUCUUGCCGCUUAUCUCGUGAAGUUCUAUUCUUCCUUUGAAUUGUAUUUUCUUUUUGCCUGCUAGGAUUGUAGCUGGCGACGAACAGCGUUCAUCCAAGAAGAGGUAACGGUAUAUUCUUUGUACUCUCGUCUUCCUGUUGCCUAGUAUUACGACCUUUGCUGACUCUCUGGAUUGACAUUUUAAUGGCUUUGGGUACAUCGAUUCCAUGGGCAUUCCUCCUCGGCCAUUUCACCACGUUAGAUAGGGAAAUGUCGUUUAGUCUUUGCCAUUUGCAAAAGCUCCAAGGAGCUUGUCUUGUCUACCUAAACAGCAGCAAACAGCAGUAAACACAACAUUGCAUAACACAUCCUCCCGAGGAGGAGGAGGAAGAACUGGACGUCCGGUCAUGGCGGCACAAGGCACGGAAAUCAUUGCCGAACUCCUGCAGCAGAUCCAAUCUCUAGACUCCCCGGAAGGCCAAACCGCCGCCGCCCUCCACUCUCUCUCCUCCCUCACCAAAGUCAGCUCCCACAACCGCAAGCAUGUCGCCGCCGCCCCCGGUGCCGUCCCUCUCCUCCUCAGCCUCAUCUCCGCCGCCACCCCCUCGUCCACCCACACCCAGACACUGUCCCUGUCCCUGUCCAUCCUUUUCAACCUCUCCCUUAACACCAACCUCAAGCUCUCCUUGGCCCAAACUCCCAAUCUCAUCACCCUCCUCAACUCCAUCCUCCUCUCCUCUAAACCUCCUCACGCUGCCAAGCUGGCCGCCUCCUUGCUCUGCAGCCUUGCCAUGCUGGACAAGAACAAGGCCCCACUCGGAGUCGCAGGAACCGUGGAGGUGAUCGUCGAGGCACUCAGAUGUUCUACCAAUGUGUCUUCUUCUUCGCCGGCCAACCACCACCUGCUUAGCGCGCUGGCGGAGCUCCUACAUUUCCACGGCAACUGCACUCUGGCCGUACGGGCCGGAGUCGUUCCGCUAUUGGUAGGAAACCUCGAAAGUCCUCCAGAAGAGCUUGCUGGCUCUUUCACCGUACUUGGUCUCUUGGCGAGGUUUGACGAAGGCAUCGAGGCAAUCAUGGCGGUGGACGGAGUGGUGAGCUUGAUGGUCGACGGGCUUAGGAAGGGCUGCACGGUGAGUCGGGAAAGCGCGGCGGAAAUUCUUAUAAAGUUGUUCGAGGAGAGCGGGGAGUGCUUGAAGGAGGCUGCGUUGAACCAUGAUGAGUGGUCGUCGCUGCUGGCGGAUUUGUCCGUCCGUGGCUCUGCCCGGGCGCGAGAGAAGGCCGCGGUGCUCAUGAGGAUGAUGAUGGAAAAUGAUUUGGAUGGAUACCUGGAUAUGGAAGGAAACUACAUGGACUGAGAUACAAGGAAUGCGAACAGUCACGCUGAGAGCAAAAGAGUAGUGGUAACGUUAUCCUCAUAUGCUCAAAAAUUUAGUAAUCGAGUGAUUCCUCAAUGCAACAGUAGCAUCCUCCAUUUCACUUGGCUGCUAUGGGGAGUCACCAUAUUAUCCUUUUGUGGCAAUUUGACUGCAUUAUGCUAAUUUCUUGCUUCUCAUUGUACGGUGCAUGGUUGUGUUGUUACCUAAGUAUUAGUUUCAGGAUCAUUAUCAUUAAUCUCCUACUUAACUAUUAGUAGUAGUUCUCUUUUCGAGAAAUUGAAUCACCAUAAAUAACGAGAUCGUGUGACAGUAAUA